AUGGAGCCAAGGCUGGGGAAUCCGGCCAUCACAAACCUGCCGCUGAAGCCCAGCACGCUGAUCUCUCCGAGCCCAUGCUGUGGCCCGAGGGUGCAUGGCAUCAUGCUGCAGAUCUCGGAGACGCGUGUGGGCAGCAGUGCUGCAGCCUUGCAUCCAGCACUCUGGCAGAUCAAAGGCGGGGAGCAAGAUAUCCAGAGCGGCGUGGUCUCCUUCGAGGACCGGCAGCGGAACGCCAUGGUCGUGACGGACCUGUCUGCCUCGCGCCUGAGGUUCGAGGUCUUCGACGCUGCCGAUGCCUUGGCAUCUGCUGUGCCCUGGGCUUUUGCUGAGAUCUCGCCCGAGGAUCUCGCGCGCAAGGAGAAAUGGUCUUUGCUGCUCAGCCACACAGACAGCAUGGAGGCCGUCUACGGGGCCACGCCCCGCGACGCGGCGCCCGAAGACGUGCGCCGGCCGGCCUUUCUGCACUUGGAGGUGACUUGCGCUGGCCGAGCUGCUGAGGAUGGUGGUCCCGCAAGUGCUGCCAGCGCAGAGGCAGACACGCAGCGUCGAAAGAAGGUCAUGCUCAUCACCCGUGGGACUCGUGGGGACGUGCAGCCUUUCGUGGCGCUGGCGCGGGGGCUCUCGCUCCACUGCAAUUGCGAGGCAGUUGUGGUCACGGAGCUUCGGUGGAAGGACUUCGUCAAGAAAAACGGCCUGGACCGGGAUGCUGGUGGUGAUCUUCCGGCACGCAUCCGCUUCAGACCUUCUGGAGGAGACACGACGCUGAAGGUGAAGACCAGGGGCGCGCGCUUGGCGAUGACCAUCGGCCAGCACAGCGACACCCUCCAGGCGCUGAUGCUCUCGCGCAGUGAAGUGGAGUUCUUCUCCAGCGAGGGCUGCUGCUACUACUGGGCGAAGGAGGAGCGGCCGGAUUUCAUCGUCUUCGGCUUCACCCUCACCCACAUCGCCAUGAUUAUCUCCGAGUCGUUGAGAAUCCCCAUCGUCGGCUUCACGCUUCAGCCCACGCGGGAGAUCGAGCGUCGUGAGUGGAACGUACGGAUGUUGGGAGAUGCCUUGGAGCCGCUGGCGGCCGCUGUCAACGGCGUGGAGUUCCAGGCAUUCCUCCAGCAGGCCAUGGAGCGAAUACCCUCUCCAAACACCCUGAAUUCUCUCCGGAUCUCGCGCCGGCUCCUUCCAUGUCCGGCAGACAUCGACACGGAGGACCGGCAAACGGCGGAGCUCCUCCGUCACAACAUUUGCAAGGUCGUGCCCAUCAGCCGUGAGCUACUCCCAGACCAGGAAGUUGACGGCAUAAAGCUCACAAACUUCAUCUUUCUGCGUGAGAACCCUUCGCAGACCGCCAAAGACCUGUUGAGUGAGGUCGCCGAAUUCAUCAAGAAGGCGAAGGCCGAUGGCAAGGCGGUGGUGGCCAUGACUUUCUCGUCGAUGCCUGUCGGGAAGAAGAAGAUGCUCCAGGUCGCAGUAGAACUGGCCAAGCAAAACGUCGCCUGUGUCGUCCUGGCAGCCGGGCAGCCGGAGGAUUUGGCCCGGCAAGACGUCGAGAAAGUUAAGCAAUUCGAGGAACAAGGCUUGAUGAAAAUCCUUGACGGCCCCGUGCCCUUUUGCGACCUCUUCCCGCAGGUGGAUGCUGCCAUCCUUCAUGGUGGGCUCGGGGUCACUUCCGAAGCGAUGAAGGCCGGUAUCCCCGUCAUCACCAGCGGCAUCCUCCUCAUGGACCAGCGCUUUUGGGCAGCUCGCCUUCACGAAAAGAUGUGUGGAUCCAAAGCGAUCCCGGUUGAUGCGCUUGCCAAGGACAUCUCUACGUCAGGACUCCUGACCUGCCUGCUUCCAGCUGACAAGGUGGUCCGCCAGGCGACCACCUGGACGCACCGCGUGAGCCAGGAGGUGACAGCAGGUCUCUUCAAUGCUCCAGAAGAGAACGUGCCGUGGUACGAACAUGCCAGGCAAAUGCAGCAGAAGCUUCUGGACUUGGAUGACCCCGACGGCCUGAAAGCCAACGCUGUGGCAGUCUUCGACGCUGGUGUGAGAGGCGCCAUCGUGGGGCGUGCCUACGAGCACUACUCUGGGUGCGGCGUCCGCUGUAUUUGCAGGCAGGGUUGGUGCACCUGUGUGUGGGUCCGGAAGACGAUCACCUGGUUGCUCUGCAUUCAGCUGUACUCCUGCGUGGCCAUGUGGUGCAAGUGCGCUCGAUGGUGUGUGUGCUUUCCUGCACGGUGCAUCCGAGCCUUCCUCCUCCUUCGUGGCACAAACGACCACUGGGAUCCGGACGAAGCCGUGCGAAACACCACCCUGCUCAAUAGAGAAGCCAGUGCAACUCAUCUGAGCUUUGCGGUCUGA